GCUGAAGUGUGUUUGGCAGUAAACUCUUAAGUACUACCGUUAUAAAUCUUAACGUUUUCGGGAACGUACAAGAGCUGUUCGGCUGCAUGCCUUGUUGCCGAAAUGUUCACAUCCAACUUGCGACAACGAUUAGAUGACCCUGGAUAGACAGCAUUCUUACAAUGUUAAUUUGGUUAAAACUAGCAGCAGGGCGUCUGAUGGGUUGCCCUGCUUGCUAGCGACUCCAUGCUAGCGACUACAGGGCACAAACUCAAGCAGUGUUACAGUUCUAGUGAAUCUUACAUUUGCUUUGUGCUCAGCUAUCCAUGCCGCUAGCGGCCUGGAGCGCUCGGAGUGGAGUCCUGCGGCUCGUUCUGGUUCAGUUGCUGUUUUCCACGCUGCCAGCUGCAAUUGAUGGGGAGCAACACGGACGGCAACUGCAGCAAAAUGGAGCUUCCAGCUCGACUGGUUCUGAAGAUGCCAGCAGCUACGUGGUUGUCCCUGGGGUGAAGUAUCGGCCGUUCCUGGCCCUAAAGGACCCCACGCACGCGGCCAGUAAGGACGUACAAACGCUUUAUGAGCAGGGAGCCAGCGUUUCAGCAAUUGCCUACCUGCUAUUCGCAGCAGCAGAGCCGCUCUCCCAAGCGGAAGGCUCGUCCAACGCCCUGCUGCCGUACAUGACUCCCACCAUGCUGCGGCUGUACGUCUCCCGACCCAGUCGCUGCAGCUCCGCGCUGGCUGAGCUGCUGUUCGAGCUCUCGCAGAAUCUGUACGGCACUGCAAGCCUCCAGGCCUGCCACUACGCCCUGUACAGAUCCCUUCAAGACACCUUUGCAUGGGUGCGGGACAACAUCCCGCUCCGAUACCAGCAAAUCCCGAGCCAACCGCUGGCCGUUGCCGCCUGGCCCGACGACACAACUGUUUCCGACUUUGAUUUCAUGUCGGCGGUGCUGGCGGCCCUGUCGAAUGCAGGCCAGCUAGGCGACACCGCAGCCACACUGCUGGAGGGCAGCUGCGGGCUGAACGCCACGGACUUUGCCAUCCUGGUUCCACGCAUCUCCGUGGCACUCUCGCGCUUGCAUGCAGACCUGCCCAUGCUGCAGGACGUUGCAUCCACCCUGCACAACUCGCACUGGACGCCGGCGAGCGUGCGCAACAGCGACGUGCAGGACGGGCUUCUCCGCCGUCGGCGGGCUGCGUUGGAGCACUGGGGAAAGAGGGUGUGGGGCACUUCGGAUGGCAUCGGUUUCACUGCUCGGCCGCCCCGUAAGGAGGGUGCAUUUUCAGGGCUUGGCGCCCUUCCUCAUGAAGCAUCCCUGGAAACGGCGGCGGAGGAGGACGAGGAGGCCCGCAGCCGUAGCCAGGGUGAUAGGCUUGAGCCAGCUGGUAAUGCUGAUCGGAGCAGCAGCAUCAGCAGCACGGAGAGCAGCAGCGCAAGCGGCAGGAGCGGCAGCAGUAGCAGCAUCAGCAGCGAGUUCUCAGACGAGGACGAGGAGGAGGAGCUCCGGCGGGAGCUAGACGACGCGUCUGUUUUCCGCCGCCGGUUGCUGGCGGUGGCGUCCAAUCUGAACUACGCCCUGCCAUCCAGCACCUCCUACACCCUGACCGCCCCCGCCAGCAUGCCGGCGCUCAUGGUGCCCCUGAUCUUCCACGUCAUGCUGUACACGGACAGCACGGGCGCCGUUGCGCCGUCAAAGUACGACCAGGCGCUGUCGUUCAUGCAACGCCUGGUGCGUGUGACCAACCUGAUGGCGAAACCAACGAACUUCCAAUUUUUCAUCAAGGAGGUUCGCAACAGCGCCGCCACCUACCCCUACCUGCUGCUGCCUGACCGCAGCACCUGGCUCAACACGCCCCUGUGCUCCGGAACCUACUGCUUCCAAAACAACACCUACAUGUCCUCGAUGGUGGUUGACUGGCCGCGGACCAUCAACGUCUUCGUUGCGAGCGACUCCACUGCAUCCAGCAGCGUGCCUCUUGGUUACGCCUUCGUGCCCGGGUCCGACAUCACACCCUCGCAGGGCCACGUGUUUAUCACCUGGGACAGCGUCUCCACGGACGGUUCGAAUUCCUUGACCAUGUACGACGACGGUUCCAAUACCCUGUUGCAUGAGCUCUUCCACCAUCUGGGUCUGGUGCACCCGUUUGGCCCCGGCAAUGACGAAGCUAAUACCUGCAGUGACGAUGAUUACGUCAUUGAUACGCCCAGCACUUACGGUGCCGCUAGCACGAGCAGCUUCAUCUCCACCGCCCAGGCCUACUGCAUGGAGCUGUUCUGGGGUCAAUACGCGGGCGACUGGGACGCAGCCUACACGCGCUGGAGCACCAACCUGGGAAUCCCGGUGGCUGACAUGAACGCAUGGGCCGACACCUGCCCCACCCUAGCCGGAUACGAUGAGCUGGGCAACUACAUGACGUACAACACACCGGUGUGCUUCGCGGCGCUGGGGCACUUCACGGCUGGUCAGGCGCAACGCGCGCACUUUGUGACGUCGGAGUUGAACCCCGUGUUGUAUGCUUGGGGGCAAUACUACGCGCAGAACGCUGCUCCACCGCCUCCCAUGGCGUCGCCUCCGCCCGAGUACUACAACAACAUAUGCAAGGCCUCCGCGAACAACUGCGCUUGCAAGAGCUCCUGGACCUACAACGGCAACACCUACUCCUACUGCGACCGAACAGGACUCACCAAUUUCCUAACGUGCGAGGUUGCUGACCCCAGCAGCUGCUCCGACUGCACAUCCACACCCUGCAUCCUCAGCUGCACAGGAACUGCCCGGCAGUGCAAGAAGAGCCUGGCACCCGGCACCACCGCACCUCCUCCGCCACCACCUCGGCCGCCCUCGCCGCCGCCCCUGCCGCCACCGCCGCCCCCUCGCUCCGUCCCCGCUGCGUGCCAGAAAGCCAGCAACGGCUGCGACUGCCGGAGCAGCUGGGAGUUCAACGGCGUCUUCUCCAGCUACUGCGCCUCACCGGACGGCAGCUCACGACUCUGGUGCCAGGUGAGCUCCUCCUGCGCCUUCUUCGACAACACCAAGCCCUACGUGUACUGCCCCGCCAGCCUCAACACCAGCUACUGCGGAGGUCGAGUCUACUUCUCCAACCUGCGCAUCCCGCCAGUCCCGCCCUCCCCGCCCAACGGACCGCCCGCCCCGCCGCCCAACCUAAACCCAAGGCCGCCGCCUCCUUCACCACCUCCCAGCCCCAGCCCUCCUCCGCUCCCUCCCUCUCCGCCUCCCCUCCCGCCGUCUCCCCCGCCCAGCCCCAGCCCCAGCCCGCCUCCCAGCCCUCCACCGGCACAGCCCCCAUCACCCUCACCCCCACCCAGUCCAAACCCAAGUCCGCCGCCAAGUCCCCCGCCGCCAUCUCCUCCGGCGCCGUCGCCGCCCCCACCGCGGCCGCCGUCCCCCCCACCGCCCCCACCGCGCCCACCCUCACCCCCGCCGGCCCCGAGCCCCAUGUCCCCACCCAGUCCGCCGCCACAGCCGAACCCCCGGCCGCCGCCGCGGCCCCCACCCGCGGCUAGCCCGCCACCCUCUGUUACCGUGGCGCAGCUCAAGGCAAGUCUUACCAUCACCGCGGACUGCUCCCUCCUCUCCAACAACAUCACCUCCCUCAAGGCCGACCUGUACCAGGAGAUAGCGCGGGUGCUGGAGAUCCCCGCCAGCUACGUCACCAUCACCAGCCUGGCGUGCGGCAUUGUGGUGGACUACACCGUCGACUUCCCCUCCGGCUCCACCGCUGCAGACGUGUCCGACACCUACAGCGCCGCCGCCUCCCUCAGCUCCCAGGCCAGUGCCAGCUUCCAGGCGCAGUGGGGCGCCGUGAGCAGCUCCACCUCGCAGAGCCUGGCGGUGCUGCAGCCACAGCAACUCUGCCCAGCCGGCACCCAAGCCUCCUCCAUCUGCCCCUCCGCCCCGCCCCCGCCCCCCUCUCCGCCGCCACCCAAGUCCUCCGGCGGCAAGAUCGCCGGCAUCCCCCUCAUCGCCAUCAUUGCAGGAGCAGCCGGCGGAGGCGCCAUCCUCCUAGUCAUGCUCGUCCUCAUCAUCUUCUUCGCCACUCGCAAACCCAACCGCACCGCUCCGGAACCCCAAGUCGUCUACGUACGGCCCGCGGGUUACCCCUCGCCCCCGCCCGCUCCUCGCCCCUCCCUUGCCUCCAUGCCCACGCCGCUCCCGCCCAGCCGCUUGCCCAGCGCAAACUUCCUGCACACGCCCUCGCCGCCGCAACCCCGCUACCCGCCCCACGCCGCCGGCCCGUCCUUCUCAAGUCCCGGGUAUCCCAGGCACGGAGGUAAUGGCGGUGGCGGUGGCGGCGGUGGCGGGUAUUACAACGGGGGUGGGUACCGAAUGGAUGACCCCGGGUACGACAGCGAGUCACCCGGCUACAGCCCCGGAUUCGGGUAUUACGGUCCGCCUGGGGGCAGGCUGCCGCAGGGCCGGCCGCCGCCGUACCAGGAUUACGGGCAGUACUGGUGAGGGAAGGGUGCUGCGCGUGUGCAUGUGUGUAUGGUUAGUGAGGUGUGAGGUGGCAUGGCGGUGAGGAGGAAGUGCGGCGGCGGCGUCAGUAAGAGCGACCCACUCGUGAGUAGUGGGUCGGCGGAGCGGCUUGCGUGGUCGUGGUCAUGUUAAGAUAGCCGAAUGCACACCAGUGGUGGCCUGUACAUAAGGACAAGAGGUGCCUGGAUUGGAAUGGCCAUGGAAACUGCGUUGGACGUUGGUUUUGGAAUGGGUUAGAUGGAUGGGUAACAGAUGCUUUCAAGCUACGAAACGCGAGGCCUAACCUCCUGUUGCAGCUUCUCAGUUGUUAGUACUGUGGCUGGUAUGUAUGUACUUUUGUCAUGUUCAUGUUAAACGCGCGAUGCAGGAGUUAUAGCCGUUCCUUGCAUAACACACCCCUGCCAACACAUGCUAUGGGGUGGGUUUGCAGGGCACGGGCGGUGCUAGUGGGUAAAGAUUAUUGUUGUUUACAUUAUAUGGACCUGAUUGCAGGUUAAGUCUGAGCCGUUUUACCUGUAUUCCUAGACACGUACGGCUCUUGUAUUUCUGUGCUUCCAAGUUGCGUUACACUUUUUAUAUAAAUAGUAUUUUGAACCGCUCCAGCAGGAUUGGUCCAACUCCGGACUGGGCUGCUAGCGCCUUGGUGAGGGGCUUUUGUUGUUUUGGGUUACAACCCACGUUCACUGCAGCUUGACGUAUAAGCUUGGACGUGUGGAUGUUCGCAGCACGGUCCAGGGGUGGUUGUGUUACUGCUCCUUGGUGGCAUGGGGAUGCAUGCCUAGGGAGCGAGCAACGUUUGCAUGCGAUGCAUAUUGCAGGAAACGCUAAGAUCCCACGUAAGAACACACGUGGCGGAAUGGCUUGAGGGGCCCUGAGGGGACAUUAGGACUCUGCCUUUUCGCGUUGCGGUCAUUUUGUGAUUAGCCUACUACGGCGCUUCCUCCGUCGGUUGGAGCGUGUGUGUUUUCAGGAUUUCCCUGGCUUGCCAACCACCUGUACAUUCAUCCGUUGCAUGCCGUGUUGGGAAGGAAAGGGAGGCUGUGUGAUUGCGUUAGGGAACGAUUUUGGCUUUCACGGUUGUUCCUUCUUUGUGUUUUCUCAAGGCAGCAGUCACUGCCCGGUUCCUUACCCCAGUGGGGUUGCAUUAUCGAGGAGGUGCGUCGUGCGUGUUCUGUUAACCAACGCCACGAUACUUCACGUGCAUUGGUACCACAUUGACUGUGCUGGUUCUAACCACUACUAAUAUUUGCAUGGUUACAUGCACGCAUGGAACGAUACUGUUGUUAUAGAGAGUGCGUAAUUAAGCGUUGGCCUGCCUUGGCUUUGGUUGUGUACAGUCGCCGAGAAGGCGGCCUAGUUGGGACGUUCACGCGUCCACGCAGAAACUUCGACCUCUCUCCGCGGAGGGACCGUGCGUUGUUGCGGUUCUGUUGCCUGCCUGCUUGCAAUUCCUUACUUGUGCGGUCCUGAGGGGAUCUUGCCAUGAGUGUGGAACCGUAUU